AUGAAAAUCUCCGCACCACGCGCUCUCGCCCUUUCUGUGGCUGUAGGACAAGGUCUAGCUGCUGUUACGCAGGGCAUCUCUGGCAAUAUCUACAACCGUCUGGUUGAGAUGGCCACCAUCUCCCAAGCUGCUUAUGCAGACCUGUGCAACAUCCCGGCGACCAUAACCACGGUGGAGAAGAUAUACAACGCCCAGACGGAUAUCAACGGAUGGGUUCUCCGCGACGAUAGUCGUCAGGAAAUUAUCAUCGUCUUUCGCGGCACUGCCGGUGACACGAACUUGCAGCUCGAUACCAACUACACUCUCGCUCCUUUCGACACCUUGCCUAAAUGUGUCGAUUGUGCCGUGCAUGGCGGAUACUAUAUUGGAUGGACCUCUGUCCAAGAUCAGGUCGAGUCACUUGUUCAACAGCAGGCCGGCCAGUAUCCGGAGUACGCACUGACGGUCACGGGUCACAGUCUGGGCGCUUCGAUGGCAGCAAUAACUGCCAGCCAGCUGUCCGCUACAUACGAUCACGUCAACUUGUACACCUUUGGCGAACCGCGUACUGGUAACCUGGCCUACGCAUCAUAUGUGAAUGAGCACUUCAAAGCGAGAAGCCCUGAGACAACUCGGUUCUUCCGGGUCACACAUGCCAACGAUGGCAUCCCAAACCUGCCGCCGGCUGAACAGGGCUAUGUCCAUUCUGGCGUUGAAUACUGGAGUGUUGAGCCCCAUAGCCCUGGUAGCACGAGUAUCUGCACUGGGAACGAGGUCCAGUGCUGCGAGGCUCAGGGAGGACAGGGGGUGAAUGAUGCUCAUGUAACUUAUUUUGGGAUGGCGAGCGGAGCUUGCUCCUGGUAG